CCCGUACCGGCCCAGCGCUCGUGGGAAAGGAGACAUCUUGGCAGCGACGCAGAUCGAGCCGCGCUUGCCUGGUCGCGUGAAUCCCCUCGAGCUCGAGCGCCGCCGCCUGCGGGAGCCAUGGCGCGGUCCCCAGCCGCCUCCUCCUCCUCGUCCUACACGGACAGCACGGGAUCGUCCUCCGACUCGGGCUCCACCUCCUCGGGGAGCGACCGCCGCCGCCGCCACCACCACCGCCACCGGAGCAGCAGCAGCCGCCGCAAGGAGGGCGCGGCGUCCUCGUCCUCGUCCGCGCUGAAGGCGCGCAAGGACCGGAGGUCUCGUCACAAGCGCCGCCGACGCGAGCGGGAGCACUCGCGCCGGCGGUCCCCGUCCGACGACGACAGCUACAGCAGCACAAGCUCUUAUGACAGCGACCGUGAGGUGUCUGGCAGAUCUCGGAAGCAUAAGAAGAGCAGCAGAUCAAGAAAGUCUAGGGAGAGGGAGCGAAGCAAAGAUAGGCAUCAUAAACGAGACAAGAGUAAACACAAAGAGAAGAAAGAGAGUGAGCAUGCUGAUGGCCCUGUCCAGCUUUCCAAGUUUCUUGGACGCGACAAAGAAAAGGAAGAAGGUCCUCAAAGGAGUGCAAUCUCUGGUAAAAAGAUAAUGAUGAAGCUUGAGAAGACAAAGGAAGAUAAGGCAGCUGAGAGCAAGCGAAACGAACUGUUGAAGUUCCUGAAUGCCAGUUAUGAUUGAUAUGUUGGAAUUGCUGACGCUGAAGGUGCAGAAUGCCCUUUUGAUUGUCUUCGCACUGGUGCUUCUGGUGAUACUUAUAAGUGUUUUGUUUUUUUGUCUAUAACUUGGCCACCAAAGUUUUUUUAUGCUUAACUAGCAACCGAGUGAAGGUCUACUGUAAUUGAUUUGAAUUUGAUGUUGCCAGUCGUGAAUUUUCAUCUUUUAAACUUGUUCUUGUGAUUGCUCUGGGGAUUCAGUGUUCUUAUGGCAGCUUACUUCA